AUGGCCCCCACUCGACUACGCAAGCGAUACAUCAACGCUGCUCUGUGUGCCCGGAAAGGCCGUGAGCGCCAACGAGCUGGUGAAGAUAAUCCGAAAGUCGACAUUCUUGAUUUGACAGCUGUGUCGGACGAUGAAUUGAAUGAAGAAGAAACAACCUGGCAAGGCGGUGUGUUGCACAAUCCUAUUGAAUGGUCAGACACAGAGUGGGAAUGGGAAGAUGAGAGAAACACUGAAGGCGCGAUUGAAGAUGAAGAUGAUGACGAAGUGGAAAUUGUUGUGGAUGGCAUACAGGCUCUGGAAUGCUUGGGUCAGAGAAUGCAAAUAGAGGAAGAGGCAAUGAAGAAACUAACAUGGAAUGAUUUGGGGCUGGUGAAGAAGCGCAGCAAGAAAGAAUGGAAAAAGCUGACCCAGAAGACGCUUGGACGCGCUGUCCAGACAAAGGGAGAGCCAGCAGAGAGCACCUUGCGUCGACAUCGACAGCUUGAACGUGAAGAGCAGUCUAACGCAGAGAGUAGCCGAAAGAGCGGGUCAGCCAACUCGUUCCGCGAUUUCUUUGGGAAGCAAUAUACCCCAGCUGAGGCUCCAGCGCCAAAGCCUGUACUACCACCACCUUUACCGCCUCCACUGUCCCUUCCUCCUCUACCCGCUAAUCUAUCGUCACUCAAUCUUCCUCCAAAUGUGUUGAAGGCAUUGCAAGCACAAUACGAACGAUUUAAGACAACGACAGCAACCGGAGCUGCCGGUCCAUGUUUAUUGGCCCCCGAACCUUUGUUAAAUGCAAGUCCCUCGUCUUCUGGGCAAUCGAUAUCGGAGUGUGCAAGCCCCGAAUCCGAAAUCUUCCUUGGAGGCUACGUUUCUGACUACGAAGAGGAAGAAUCAGACGACGAGAGCAGCAGGGAGGACAACGACACACCUGUGGAAGCUUCUGUUCCCAUACCCAUUCCAAGAGCCCCAGCGACUGCCCCUCCUCUCAAACGUCAAAAACUUGCUGUUCCUGCCAGAGAGGCACGACGACGAGCAAGGGAAGCAAAACUUGCGCGACUUCAGGAUGGCUUGACGCGAAUCAGCAAGCAUAUUGUUUCGAAGAAGACGGAGUUUGCUGCUGGCGCGCAUGGGUUGCAGUCCAAACGAGCACGCGCAAUUGAAAGCUGCUUGCGGAUGGUUGUGAAGGGUCAUCGCACACUGACAGAUGCGUCUGAGCGGUCAGCUGAGAGUCACGGUCUCUCUGCUGAUUGGGGAGGGAGGCUCGUACGCAUCUGGGUCCAUGGCUGGCUAAAUUUUGCUGGGCUUCCGUCGUCUGCUCGAGGCUGCCAUGCCAAAACGGUUAGCAUUCUCGAUGAACCAGCCAAUCGAGACGAAAUUCUCUCAUAUCUUCGCUCUUACAAAUGGGCAACCAAUCCCGAGAAAUUCUCAGCCUUCAUCGAGUCCAAUUUAAUCACACCUGAGACCCAAAAAUAUCUCCGCGAUCUUAUGGAAGAUGAGAUACCAAAGGCAUUCCGCAAAUAUGUCACCAACACUCUUUUCCCUCGCAUUGGCGUGAAGGCGGGACAUGGCAUGACAAUCUCAAUGCGAACAGCCCGUGCAUGGCUUGCUAACUCAAAGAAAAAAUCAUUCCCGCAUUCGAGAAAGCACAUGGCCCAAGAUAUCAGGCCCUCUUCCUUAUCGACAACUCUCAAGGGCAUUCAGCCUAUAGUGAAGAUGCUCUUCUGGCCCAACGCAUGA